GAAGAAAAAACAGAUAACAAAACAGAAGGAUUAAACCCCAGGUGACUCCAUCAUCGUCUUCAAUGAAAUCGAACACCAUUACAAUGGAAGAUGACUUCCGUACCGAAACCAGAGACAGCUGCUAUUACCCCGGAUGCAGAAAAGACGCCAAUUGCAACUGCGAGAUGUGUAUAGCCAGCAUCAACGCCACUCUCGAUCUCAUGUCCGUCAGCGUCCAGAAAAGCUCCUUCACUAAACUCUCGGCUUCCAAGCCUAAAUUCAACCACUUGCCCAUCUCUUUCGACCCUUCGGUGAUAUCGACACCCGGGUUGGGUUCUUGUUGCUUGGCGGAAUCCCCGGCUCUUAAAUCGACGGCCAGAUUAAACUCGAGAGGGAUGAAGAUGAAGAAGAAGAAAGGUGGUCUGAAGAGUGUAUUUUGGAAGUUGUUAUUGGGGAUGAAUCUUGUUCUUGUAAUGGAGAUUGGGUUUUCUUGGGUUCUUGGUGGGUUUUUGAGGCCAGUUUUGACAAGCGAUAUUGUGAGAAGCAUCGGUGAAAGGGCUUCAAUUAUGAAAGAUUUGAGUGCAAAAAUGAGGUUCAUGCAAAACGAGUUGAAGGGAUUUCAUAAUCUCAAGGUUUCAAAUUGCAGCAAUAAUGAUUCCAUAUGGGAAAUUGAUCAGGGUAGUAUGCUUCUGAAUUCACAUUGUUUAAUGCAUAAAUCAUCAAUGGAAGAAGUGAGAAUUUGGGGAUGGCCAAUGCAAACUGCAGGAUUGCUUGCCACAGGAUUUUCUUCCAAAUCUUUCACCGUAUUAUCCGGCAGAGUAAAAGAGUGGUCCAAUGGAAAUCAUGGGUUUGUAGUAACAAGAAAGGCAAAUGCUUCAUGGGAGCAAAGCAAAUGGGACGCCUCGGUUAUACAGUUGGAUCCAAAUACAUGGAUUUUUGAGUAUCAAAGAAGCUCAAUCCUGGAACAUCCAAGACUAAUUUCUGCCGCGUUGGAGUUGUUCAAGUAUGGGUUGAUAAAAAUGGUGAAGAAGAUGAGUGAACAACUUGUGCUCUUGUUUGUUUUUGAUAACCACUACAUUGAAUUGACUGGAAAAUAUGAACAACAGCUUCUGAUCCCAACUUAAAGAGGAUGACGAUUUCUGGAUUCCACUUCUCAU